UAAAAUAAAAAGUUUAAACAAGCUAUACUUUAAUCGUAAACAUACUGGCGACAGGCCAUCUAUCCCAGAGAAAUAAAAAUGUUUUUCAUAAAAUUGGUUUUUAUUAUUUUUAUUGGGAAAUGCUUUGAAAACGUGAUAUUUGCAGCUUACAAUCCAAUGCUAACUUAUACGAUACGAUUUCAAAAAUUGUAUUUUCAACCCAAUUUCACUGGAAAUUAUACAAUCAACAAAUACAGAGAAAAGGAAUUCGUUAAUGGAUAUAUUGCACUUGACUCGCCAGUACCAUUAGAAAAGCUUGUCGUAGUAUUUCAACGUUGUAAUCCAGAAGGUGUAAACUGUGAAUAUUUUCAAUCAUGGACUUUAAACGAUCUUUGCCCUAAAUUAAAGGACAAGAAUCAAAUAUGGUCCAGUUGGUACAGAGCAUUUGAUCCACAACCAAAUUGUCCAGUAACAAAAGUGAAUUCUUUUAUACGAAAUGGAACUAUUGAUUUUGCGCCAGCGGUUCGAUGGUAUCCCGAUAUUGUUAACUAUCAAUGGAAAGUGACACAAAAAUUUUAUGCUGCAGGUGAACGUUAUAUAGGUAGUUACACGUUUGAUUUAUCAGUGUUUGGCUACAGGAAAAGAAACAUUAAACAAUCAAAAGAAUAAAAUGUAAUUCAUUUUACGCAUACAGAUAUUUUACAAUUUAUUU